AAUAGUACUUGUUUUUCAUCUAGUCUAGUGGAGUAGUAGUAAAUAACAACCUCUUCUCUCUCUUUCUUUCUUUGUCAGAGAGUUGAAGAAAAUUGUUGAUUAAUAUUUAAUACUACUACCACUGAUUCUCUGUUUCUCUUUCUAAUGGAGUAGUAGUAGCAAUAAAAUGCAAAAGUGUAUUGAAAAAAUAAAGAUAACAGCUUUUGUAUUUUUUUUUUUUUUUGUGAACAUGUCAAAAAUUAUCUUUGGCUGAACAAAGCCUUCUCUUUCACACCUCCCAAACCCCUCUUCUCUCUGUCUAUCAAAGUAUCAACUACAGCCCUAUAGAGAUUGGAGAAUCUAGGGUUUUGUGUCUUGCUUGUUUUCUUUCUUUGCUCAAUGUUAUAGCUCUGCUUCCUGUCCUGUUUGUUGUUUGAUUGAUUAAAUCACCUUCAGGUCAUGUUUUGUUUUUUCUGGUUGAUUUUACCUUUCUUCAGUUGAAUUUCUCUAUACCCCUUUUGUUUCUUUGUUUUGUAUCAAUUGGUUGGUAUCUAGGCUCUACCAUUUUUAUCUGUUUGUUGUAUCUUUUUGUUUUACAAUAUGGAGGAGAUUGAGGAAGCUAACAGAGUUGCAGUUGAGAGUUGUCAUAGAGUUAUUAGUAUGUUAUCUCAACCUCAUGAUGAGAAAAUUUUAGCAAGAGAGACUGGAGAGGCUGUUCACAAGUUUAAGAAAGUGGUGACUCUCUUAAAUUCUAAUUUGGGUCAUGCAAGAGUAAGAAAAACCAAGAAAAUUUUGACCCCUUUUCCUCAUAGCCUCUUGUUAGAGAAUUCAAGUUGUAAAAUUGUUGAUGAUCAGCUUAAACCUUUACAAUUGCUUCCUAUCACCUAUCCUGAAAAUAUUAGACUAGAAAUUGGUUCUAAUGUGAAUAGGAUUCACCCUUCAUUGGAGUUAAAUUCACAUAGUAAAAAUCCUCUUCAGUUAGCCCAACAAACAAGCUAUCACUUUGCCCAACAGCAGCAGCAACAGAGGCGGUAUCAGCUUCAGCAGCAACAAAUGAAGCAGCAGGCGGAUAUGAUGUAUCGGCGUAGUAAUAGUGGGAUUAGUUUAAAUUUUGAUAGCUCUACAUGUACUCCAACUAUGUCAUCAACGAGGUCGUUUAUCUCCUCGUUGAGUAUUGAUGGAAGUGUUGCUAACUUGGAUGGUAAUGCCUUCCAUUUUAUCGGGGCUUCGCGCUCCGCGGAUCAGAGCUCAUAUCAACAUAAGAAAAGGUGCUCCGGAAGGGGAGAGGAGGGGAGUGUAAAAUGUGGAAGCAGUGGUAGAUGCCAUUGCUCGAAGAAGAGGAAGCACAGGGUAAAGAGGUCUAUCAAGGUUCCUGCUAUAAGUAACAAACUAGCUGAUAUUCCUCCGGAUGAGUAUUCUUGGAGAAAAUAUGGUCAGAAACCGAUCAAAGGUUCUCCGCACCCUAGGGGAUACUAUAAGUGUAGCAGCAUGAGAGGCUGUCCUGCCAGGAAGCACGUUGAGAGAUGCUUGGAGGAGCCUUCAAUGCUUAUUGUCACUUACGAAGGAGAACAUAACCAUCCUAGGUUGCCAUCCCAAUCGGCAAAUGCAUGAGAUCUUUAGAGAAAUGCUAACAAAGAUCAUCAUCAUCAUAAGCCUCGAGAAAUUUCUAAUACUCUAUUUUUAACCGGCUUCAAUUGUUCCUGUACAUAUUUUGCUUUGAAGUACAAUGCAGAUGGGGCCAAAUACUAGUUCAAAAAUUGGAAGGGUCUAUUAGGUAUAUGGAAAGGCAAAUGUAAAGCCAGGUUAAUGAUGCAGUGAGACCUAAUUGUAAGAUUAUCCUCGUAAAGUAUGACUCCUUUUUUUUUUUAGGAUUUUUGCAA